CCGCGCCGCGCAGCGAGGCCGGCCGCCGGGCACUUCCUGUGGAGGCCGCAGCGGGCCGAGCGCGAGCGCCGAGCAGCAGCCAGCCGAGCCUGCCGCCGCCAUGGGCCAGAACGACCUGAUGGGCACGGCCGAGGACUUCGCCGACCAGUUCCUGCGAGUCACCAAGCAGUACCUCCCUCACGUGGCCCGCCUCUGCCUGAUCAGCACCUUCCUGGAGGAUGGCAUCCGCAUGUGGUUCCAGUGGAGCGAGCAGCGUGACUACAUCGACACUACCUGGGGCUGUGGCUACCUGCUGGCCUCAUCCUUCGUGUUCCUCAACUUGCUGGGACAGUUGACUGGCUGUGUCUUGGUGUUGAGCAGGAACUUCGUGCAGUAUGCCUGCUUUGGGCUCUUCGGAAUCAUAGCACUGCAGACGAUCGCCUACAGCAUUCUUUGGGACUUGAAGUUUUUGAUGAGGAACCUGGCCCUGGGAGGAGGUUUGUUGCUGCUCUUAGCAGAGUCCCGUUCGGAAGGGAAGAGCAUGUUUGCAGGUGUCCCCACCAUGCGUGAGAGCUCUCCCAAGCAGUACAUGCAGCUCGGAGGCAGGGUCUUGCUGGUCCUGAUGUUCAUGACCCUCCUUCACUUUGAUGCCAGCUUCUUUUCUAUCAUCCAGAACAUCGUGGGCACAGCUCUGAUGAUCUUGGUGGCUGUUGGCUUUAAAACCAAGCUGGCGGCUUUGACUCUUGUUGUUUGGCUGUUUGCUAUCAAUGUGUAUUUCAACGCCUUCUGGACCAUUCCAGUCUAUAAGCCCAUGCAUGACUUCCUGAAGUACGACUUCUUCCAGACCAUGUCGGUGAUUGGAGGCUUGCUCCUGGUGGUGGCUCUGGGCCCUGGGGGUGUUUCCAUGGAUGAAAAGAAGAAAGAGUGGUAACAGGCAGAUCCCUACCCUACCUGGCCAAGACCUGUGCCCUUGUGGACUGGUUCAGGGUGGAGUCAGCAAACUGCCAGCAGUUCCGUGUCCUCUUCCCUCCCCCCCCCCUUGGUAAAGGCACCGAUGUUUGAGAACUUUACUUGCAGACACCUGAAAAUUGGGGGCAAAAUCUGCUCUGGAACCACAGGCUGGUAUCUGACCGCUGAGUGCUGCCCAGCUGCAUGGCCAGUCACCUGGCCAGCCCCUGACAUGAGCAGCUCAGUGGGUUGUGGCCUCAGUCCUGUUUUCGAGUCUUUUUUGGGGUGAGGGACUUCAAGCUGUGCUGUGAGCAGACAUCUGUAUCAUUCAGAGCAGCCUCCCUGUUGUUUUUUAAGUUUACAUUCUUAGCUCAAACUACUAAAUGGUUUUGGAUGCUGCAGCCAGACUUCACACCCCGAAGCUCCCUGGUUGAAACGCGAAUCAGUGGCUUCAACAUUGUUUCUGCCCCUGCAUUGUAAUACCUUAUAAUUAGUGAGGCUAUUCAGAAGAGCCCCAGCCCCACAGUGCUGCAGUACUGGAGGGUGACCAGGGCUGCGGCUGGAGGGAGAAUUCACCAACACCACCAGCUCGGAUCAGUCACUGGGAGAUAGAGACCCUCUCAGAGCUUUAGUGGCUCAAGGCAGGGACCCUGGGGAAGCUGCACACAGGAUGGCCACCCCCUCCUCCUUGAAUGGCUUGGGGAGGAGCAGCAGCAAGGGGCCCAGCAAUGUCAGGAGCUCCCAGUAUCAGAGACCCACAGGCUCAACCCAGUUACCUCAACUCGACCUUCACAGAGCAAGGCCUGGAUACCCUAGGCUGUGCUCCAUCCCAGCGUGGCAGCACCUGUUCCAGACUGCACCUGCCCUGUGGGUGGCCCCAAGGUUAUCGCUUGCUCAGAUUUUGUCCAUUUGCUAUGCCAAUGCAGCCAAGAUUACUUUCUACAAUUUGUGAUGCCUUACCAAUUUGAUCUUGAUCCUGUAUUUAAAGUUUUCUAACAUUGCCUUAUACCGUGUUCCUCUUUUUGGUGAGGUGGGGUUCUGACACUAUGACAGUGAGUGCCAGAAGGGUAGUCAGAAAAACACCUACUCCUGCCAGAUCCCAGGUACCAAGGUGCCUGAUUAGGAGGGAAGAUGGCCACUCACUCUGCUGGGUGUAGCUCCUGGAGCCCAUCCUGGGUGUGCAGGACUGAAGUGUCCUGGGCUGCUGCAGGCCAGCUGAGCCUCCUGCCCCUACCUACUACAAGGGCAUCCUGGCACACCUUCCCUACACCCUGGCCUGUGUGCCACCUGCAACUGAGGCUCUGCCUGGGGCCUGCUCCCCAGUGUGUUGAAGAUCCAGUGAUGGCUUCAGUUGCAGGGCUACCUCAGCAUGCAUCCCUCCUGAUUAAUACAGUGUAAUAGCCCCAUUAGGUGACACUUGGCCACACCAGUUCCUGUGGUGCCACUGGUUUGUGGAAUAGGGCAGACCUAGGAAGCCAAGUGCAUGGUCAGCAGGGGUGGCCUCCAGCCUCCACCCUGCUGCCUGAGUGAGCUGGGCCAGGAUGGGGGAGGAGAGGAAACACGGCUUACCCAUGGAUUUCAGCAAGACAGUCUCUGAAAAUGCUUCUGCUUUAUAUGGGAAUAGGUAUAAAUCUCAUUUUUAUGCUGUAUUUUAUAUCUUAGUUGUGUUUGAAAACGUUUUGAUUUUGGAAACACAUCAAAUAAACAAUGGCAUUUGUGGUA